AUGUUUCCUUUUAUUGCAAGUGGAUUCUUAUUUGGUAUUUAUCUUGUUAUAUUACUUGUUUCAAAAGAAUAUAUAACAUUUGUUUUAAAUAUUUAUUUUUUUAUUAUUGGAAUUAUUGCACUUUUUCGUGCUAUACAACCUAUUUCUACACGAAUACGUUUACCAUUAUUUGAUAAACUUCGUGAAAGACAAUUUCAUUUAAAAAUAUCUGAAAAUAAUUCUUCAAAUAAUAAUAAUAAUAAUAAUAUAAUGCAUAUUGAUUUUAAAUUUAAUUUUAUGGAUAUUAUGGCAUUAUUUUUUUGUAUUCUAAUUGGUGUUUGGUAUUUAUUGAAACGUCAUUGGAUAAGUAAUAACAUAUUUGGUAUUGCUUUUUCAAUAAAUGCAAUUGAAAUUCUUCAUUUUAAUAAAGUUUUUAAUGGAUGUAUUUUACUUGGUGGUUUAUUCAUCUAUGAUAUCUUUUGGGUUUUUGGUACAAAUGUUAUGAUCACAGUAGCAAAAUCAUUUGAUGCACCGAUUAAAUUGGUUUUUCCUCAAGAUUUAAUUGAAAAUGGAAUAUUUGCUGCAAAUAAAUUUGCUAUGCUUGGACUUGGUGAUAUUGUUGUUCCUGGUGCAUUUAUUGCUUUAAUGCUUCGAUAUGAUAUGACACGUAAAUCAACAUCAAAACUUUAUUUUACUGUUUCAUUUCUAGCUUAUAUUAUUGCAUUACUAAUAACAAUUCUUAUACUUCAAAUAUUUAAACAUGGUCAACCAGCUUUACUUUAUAUUGUACCACUUUGUGUUGGUUUUCCAUUAUUAACAGCAUUGAUUUGUAAAGAUUGGACAACAAUGUUUGCUUAUGAAGAUCAUCCAUCAACGAAUGAAAUAGAUGAAAAGAAAAAAGAAUAA